AUGGCUCAAUCAAUGAGGAGGUAUCAAAUGGUGGGGGAUUACGUGAUGGGUAAGCAGAUAGGCGCGGGCUCGUUCUCCACGGUGUGGCACGCGCGCCACCGCGUGAACGGCACCGAGGUCGCGGUCAAGGAGAUUGUCACCUCGCGGUUGAGCCCCAAAUUGCAGGAAAGCCUCAAGUCGGAGAUUUUCAUCCUUAAGAGGAUCGAUCACCCAAAUAUUAUCCGAUUGCACGACAUGGUCGAGAAUCUCCUCCUUUCCACAGACGAUCGCAAUAGUGUCUUGAAGAUUGCCGAUUUUGGUUUUGCCAGAUCUUUACAACCGAGAGGCCUUGCAGAGACCUUAUGUGGUUCGCCUCUUUACAUGGCUCCAGAAAUAAUGCAGCUCCAAAAAUAUGAUGCUAAGGCAGAUCUCUGGAGUGUUGGAGCCAUUCUAUUCCAACUUGUGACUGGAAAAACUCCAUUUACUGGAAAUAAUCAAAUAGAGCUUCUCCAGAACAUUAUAAAAUCGACCGAAUUGCAAUUCCCACGCAAGGCAGUUGAUUUGAACCCUCUAUGCAAGGAUUUAUGUAGGAAAUUGUUGCGUCGUGAUCCAGUGGAGAGGUUGACAUUUGAAGAAUUUUUUAACCAUCCGUACCUGUCACAAAAAAAACAGCCCGAUGAAUUCCUCAGAAAUAGGCGGCCACACAGAAUUUCAGAUGGAUUCUCUCGUUCAACGAGGAAAACUGAACAAAAUUCACAAGAAGAUUGUUUCCCAUUCAGUCUGGACGAUGAUUCGAGUGGCCCAGAUAGCAGUCCCUCUUACCAAAAGGGCCCCACCAUAAAAUCAUUCAAUGUUACGGACUCACUAGAGUCAAUCGACCGAGAUUAUGUAAUUGUGACCAGUCCUCUGAUGGACUUUCCAUCUAAAACGGGCAGCAAACCUCGUUGGAAUGUGGGCCCCACAAGUACUCCAGUGCCGAUUUCACAAGAAUCAGCAGAUGUAAUAACAGACGCUUUAUUAGAUCAACCGUCAACCGAUCACAUGACACGGAUAAGUGCCUUACGGCAAUAUGCAGACACCAUUACUGAACUAGUUAACAAUAAGACUGAAGGAGGAAAAGAGCUCGAAGCCUUUUCGAUUCAGCUCGUGAUUUUGGCUAUAUGGAAGCAAGCGUUGCAUGUCUGUCAUACACAAGCAGCUUCAGCUCUGGAAGAGAGUCCCAGCCGAGAGACUACCGAUAUUCCAAAGAAGUCCUUCGAUUUGAGUAGGUCACAAGAGCCACUCGAUAUCUGUUCACAGAUAGAGAACACAUUUCUUCGUGAAGUCGAGCGUGCUGAGGAACUUGCUAAACUAGUGCAGCCUGGAGCCGAGAUGCCUGAUGCAAUGGAAUUGUUAUAUCAGUCUGCCCUUGCAUUGGGCAGACAUGGAGCGGUGGAUGAAUUAAUGGAUGAUAUCGAGAGUGCGGUUAUCUUCUACUCGAAAGCAGCACAUUUGUUAAUGUUUCUACUGAUCGAAGCACCUUGCCUCAUUUUGAAUCCUCCGUUAUCUUUGACCAAUUCUGACCGUUUUCGAAUAAAAAAUUACAUCGAUGUCCUCAACAACAGGCAAAGCUUUACCAGGUCACAGAGAAUGGCUGUUCUGAAUAUGGAGAAUCAGCCACACCCUUCUUGA